UGACGAAUUCAUCUCAAGAUAUCACCUGCAAAAGAACAUUCAGUUUUCUUUGGUACGAGGGGUUGAUGAUAAAGCCGUUUAUCAGUUGAAUGUAAAGUAUGAGACAGUUACAAAAACACCAGAAGAGGUUAGUGCAGAGAUAUUGAAAUAUCUGAAACGAAUGGCCAGUGACUACUUAGGAAGAGGUGUUACAGAAGUUGUUGUAUCUAUACCGGCAUAUUUUAGUAACGCUCAAAGAAAAGCUACCAAGAAGGCGGUUGAAUUGGCUGGACUCAAAUUAUUGAAAUUCAUCACGGAACCUUCUGCCGGAGCACUUCAUUACGUGCAAGACAAAAACGUGGCAACAAAAUUAUUAGUUUUCGAUUGGGGAGGAGGAACCCUUGAUGUGUCUUUAGUAGAGGUGAAAAAUAAAAUUUUUGAAGUCAAGUCUGUUUAUGGAGAUACCUUGUGCGGUGGGAGAAAUAUCGAUGAGAGACUGUUCGAGCAUUUUUAUAGACCAGUAGACAAAGAUAGAUUCGCUCGGCGACUGCAACAAGCAUGCGAGGACUUGAAAAAACAGUUAUCAAGUCUGGAUGAAUUUUCAACAGUGAUCGAGUGUUACGAUGGUUACAAUGACUUCGAAUUAUCGCUUAAGAAAUCAAAAUUCGAAAAAUUAACUAAAGAUAUUUUUCAGAAAGCUAUAGAUAUUGUGGAAUAUGGACUUGAUGAUGCAGGUUGGAAUAAAUCUGAAGUGAAAGAAAUAGUUUUGGUGGGAGGGUCAACAAGAAUUCCAAGAAUCAGAAAUCUGCUGGAGAGGUUAUUUGGAAGGAAAAUUCUCAAAACUGAUUUGAACCCGGACGAAGCUGUUGCGAUUGGAGCUUGUCUCCAAGCAGCAAUUCUCAAAAAUGAUUAUGCGAGUGCGGAAAAAUAUAAAUUAACAGAAGUGACUCCGUUGUCAUUAGGAGUUGGCGUUCAUAAGGAUUUAAUGAGCACUAUUAUCAGAAGAAAUACACCAUUACCAGCCAAAUUUGCCAAAUGUUUUAUAACAACUGAAAAUGAUCAAGAAACUUGCAGUUUUGAAAUAUAUGAAGGGGAAAGAAAAAACACGAAAUACAAUAAUGUUCUUGGAGAUUUGAUUUUAGAAGGAUUGCCACUAAAACGUUCAGGUGAUGUUAAAAUGGAAGUUACUUUCAUCUUAGAUGAAGAUGGAAUAUUGACUGUAACAGCAUCCGAAAAUUCUACAGGGAAAUUCAAGAAAAUAGUAGUGACCUUGGGAGAAUUUCGAAUAAGUGAACGUAAAAUGAAAGUUUCUGUGGCAGAAGCUGCAAUACACAAAUUAGAAGAUGAUGUUUUCGAACAAUUUCAGUUGACUAGAAAUAAACUGCAAGGAAAAUGUAGACAUAUACUAUAUGACCUAGAGAAAAUUUCCAAAGAAUCAGAUCGGAAUCUUGUUGAGGAAAAGUGCCAGGAGUUUUUGGACUAUUCGGAAAAUUUGGAUUUCACCGAGAGUGAAGAACUUGAGAGACACUUCAGUACCUUUUAUACAGCAGUGUCUCAUAUACUGAACAUCAAUCGAUUGCAACAAUUAGAUUAUUGAAUAUGUAAUCGUUCAAAAAGUAUUCAGUUAGAAUGCAAAUGAAAGCAUAUUAUUAUUUUGAUAUGAUUUGAUAUGAAGUCUGGUGUAAUAAACCAUUAAAUUUUGUAGAUGAAUAUACAUAAUGAUU